AUGAACGCAACCGCAACCUCAGCUGCCACUAGUGCAGCGACUACUACGGGUAGCACUGAAACUGGUUCUGGUUCGGCGACCAGCUCGCCUCUUCUGUUUUUUGUUGCCCUUGGAUUCGGCGUUGUUUUCACCAAUCUAUGGAUUAUUGUUGGGGUCAAGUAUUGUUUUCGGUACAACCAACGAAAUCGCCAGCUUCGCAGCGAGGAAACCGGGGAACCCAUUGACCUGGUAGCCAUGCCUCGACCUCAUCGGAGACGACGGGAAAAAAGACUGAUGACCAUGGACGAAGUCAAUGCGAGAUUCCCCUUGAUGAAAUACAAGCUCUGGAGGUCGUCACGCGCCAACCAAGGUCUUCCCACGGAGGGAGGCAUCACAGCCCCUAAUAGCCGACCGCAGAGCUUGAUAUAUGAGGAAGGGAUUGUCUCCGCGGAGAUAAAUGAAUUAACUCCGGCUAGGAUGGAACAUGAGAGUAAUGGCUUCGAAACCCCACAUCGUACCUCCGAUCCACAGCCUACAUCAAAUAUGAAGUCAUUGGAGACUACUCAGCCUACAAUUGUUUCUGAAGGAGGUACGGGAGCAGAUCUUGCAGAGGAAAAAUGGCGGCAUAACUUGGCCAAUGAAAAUAUUGACCUGGAGGAAGACGAGGAAAGCGAUCAUAUCCGUAAAGCUGUCCCGCCCGAACAGCUUCCGAAUCCAGGUGAUUCAUGUGCAAUCUGUCUGGACGUUAUCGAGGACGAUGAUGAUAUCCGUGGAUUGACCUGUGGACAUGCCUUUCAUGCCUCGUGUGUGGAUCCUUGGUUGACUAGCCGGAGAGCUUGCUGUCCUUUGUGCAAGGCCGAUUACUAUGUCCCCAAGCCUCGUGCACACACCACUGAAGGAGUCUUGACAGGGGAUCGGCAAGGGCGUCGCACGGUAUCAAGUCGCAAUGAAAUCCUACCGAGACCUCCUCGUGCAGCUCAACCUAGAAGCAACCAAACUCAUCUAUUUCGAUUACAGUUAGCUCUUCCGAGGCGUGUUUUUCCAAGUGCGCAGUCGGAACCUCAUGUGGAGCCUGCACAACCUGAAGGCCGAUUAAAUAGCACAGACCGGGACCCAGUGAACGUCACACGACAGCCAUAUUGGUCACGUUUUUUUCCGAUGCGCCUACGUGGAUCUUCUUCCAACGCUCAUGCAAUGCCCUCUCCUGGGACAUCGAAUGGUUUUGAACAGUCCCGCACCCCAGGCCAACUCGAAGCUGGACUUUGA